CGGACAUCGCUUCCAGGGUAGCCUUUUGCCCUUCUGGUGCUUCGGUUGAUACUAUUGGUUGAUGUUUAAUAGAACUUUUUCAUUUUAUAUCAGUAGUUCUGCGAAAGGAGCCCAGGUUCAAGUGCUGUAUAUAUUUUGACCACUGCCACAUUCCUUGAAUUGUUAUUGAUAUCCUUUUCAUCGGCUCAACUCCUUGUCUCUCUUUUUCAACUGAGUUUGCCUUGAUACCUUUCUAUUCAAUAGCACAUUCACUCUUUAAGCCUCCUCAUUAUGAGAGUUCUUCUUUUAGCAGGCCUACUCGCCGGCCUCUUAAUCAACCAUGGAAGAGCAGCGAAGUGCUCCUCCAACCUCCUCAUCGAUGACUUCUCCGAGUUCUCUUCGCAGACUAAUAGUCUGGGCACUCGUGCCAGCGACGACGACUCCAUGGUCAAACUCACCGCAAGUGACAACUCGAUUAUCUUCACGCCGGAGAAGAUGUCGUACUUCUACGAGACGCUGCCAUGCACGCAAGCCGCCAUGUCAGGCUACGACGCCAUCUCCUUCACAAUGACGGCGCCCAAGGGCGCCUCCUUCAUGUUGGAGAUUCAGACCCGCGAGUCUUGCUCUGCUCCGAUACUCGAUAGUGCAUGGCACACUGUUGGCAACUUUACGGGCCAGGAGCAGACGAUUGUUGUCCCGUUGGAGUCGUUUAAGGAUGCAAACCUGGAGGCUAUUACGGCGUUCAACUGGGCAACUUGGUCGAAGGUGUGCAAGAAGAAUCAGGACUGUAAACUGAGUAAUAUUCAGUUGACUUGCGGUGGUUCCUGAUCGACUUAGGCGCUUCUGGAGACUUAAUACGAUUCUCCCCUGAAAACUGGCCAGGUUUCGCGUUCAGUCGCCGUUGCUAUAUCGGUUGAGGGCAGAUUUUCUCGGCGUCCAUGAGACUCAGGUUAUAAUCGCUUACACUUGUCGAAUCGUUAUCGGCCGUGGGGGGUUGGCAUAUGGUUCCCCUAGAUGCAACAAUUUGAUGAACCAACAACCGUGAUACAAACAUCCUGAAACGUGCCCCCUGUUCGCAUUCCUCGCGAACUACUAGUAACACCAACAGCGGUUAAAACUCAAGUUCACUAAUCAUAUUUCUCUAGAUUGAGGUUUUCAAUCACUCCAUCAGCUUCAUUAACAUUUGGUUUUAUGAAUUGUUACAAUGUAGCAUUCAAGCGCAUCAAAACAACGGUACGCGCUUUACACAAUCGAG